UUUUCAAGCUCGUCAAAGCACACGUCGAGUCUACAAUUUUUUAUCGAUAUGCAAAUUGCUUUUAUACGAUCCAUUAUUUUUGUCGUUAAAAGAGAAAGCUAUUUCCUUUCUCUAUCGUUCCUAAAGAUAUCUCUACAUGAAACGACUUUCCACUGAGAAUCGUACAUAAAAAAAUCACUUCGAAUUAAGUGCUCGAAUGCGUUAUUGGAUAUAAGAGUGGAAUUUUCGCAGAUUGAUUAAUGAAAAUGUAGAUUCGAAGUGUUCGGGCGUCCCUUUAUUCUCGAUAAGUGAUACGUAUUAUUGGCAUUUAAUUUAGAUCGAUGUCGGACUAACUUACCAUGCGUUUUUUCCGAACUCUGGCAACAAGGACGGAUUUAACCUCUCAAUCCAGGUGGCUCGUGUUUGAAAAUUCAAUUGUGAUUUCCUGUCAUCUCCAUAUGGUGAUCGUUCCCGUUGGCAGCACGAAGCACCUUUGAUCGUUGAUAAAGUCUUUCGACUUCGACGUGUAGCACGAUGGCACCGCAAUUGCAGAUUUUGUCGAAUAUCCUGCAGCGACUAGAAAACAUGGAAACCGCAACCACUGGCUAUCUUUAUGGAAUUAUGUACAAUGAUACUCUCGUAGUUCUAACAUUCAGUAUAAAUUCGGGUAACGGUGAGGAUAAGAACAUAACAGAUCACACAGCGCUGCAGUUGAAUCUACCUGCGGAUAUAUAUUUCUGUGGCAUAUUACAUAUUGGUGAAUGCGAAGAAAUAAAUCCUGACGUUUUCAAGGACAUUGAUAUUACAGAUAAUCCAUUACUUUUAAAAUAUUCACGUAAUACGUUGGAUAUGCAGGCGUAUUUUUAUAUGCAUCAAAAAUUGGAAGCUGUAAAUAAUCUCAGUAUUAUCAGCGAGGAUGAUCUUUCUCGGCAGUUUGUGUAUAUUAGAUUACAAGCGACUCUACCAUUAGUUGCUCAGGAUGGGAACAUAGUGGAAGCCUUGCAAGAGUCACGAAAAAAUAUUGCAUCUGGAAAAAUAGGAAUACAUUUCCCUUCAAACGAUGCAUACCUAUUCAGAAUUGAUGAUAAUUUAAAAGAUAUAAUGUUAAAAGAUAUUUUAUCUACAUCCAAAGACCAGGAGAAAUCUUCAAGUAACGUAAACUAUAAUACUGGGCCUGUGAAUAUUAUACAUGCAAACAUGUUAUUAAAGAUGUCAAGUGAGAGAAAUUCUGAAGAAUCUAUCAGAUAUGCUCCUGUCUUACAACACAUCAAAAAAUCCUUCGAUAGUUCAGAAUGCAAUUUACACAUCGAUGCACUGUCAUUGGUGAACUUAAAUGUGAAAUCAGCUGAACUGCACGCGAUUCUAGUGGAAUCCACUUGCCGGAACAUUAGAUUAAUUGAAAUACAACAAGAAAAUCAGUCUGAAGAAACAAAACUACCUGAAGUCAUGCAUUUUAAACCUCAAGGCUGUGGACAUUUAUUUACAGCAGUAUAUCCUGGCAAUGCUACUAACGACACCACAAUGGAAUAUCGUAAGGCAUUACACAAGGCUUUAGCAUUAGAUUUGACUAAACCAUAUUUUCGACGAGGAAAUGCUAUCAAAUUUGACAUACAGACAAAUGGAAUACUUGUAAAUCCUCACCAGGCUCUUUUACAUAAAGGUAUUAUGGGAAAACUUAGUAUUGUGGAUGGUUUGUAUUCGUACCAUCACUAUAUGCAAGAUAAAUUUGAUGACAAUGGAUGGGGAUGUGCCUAUAGAUCUCUUCAAACUAUCAUUUCGUGGUACAGAUUACAAGGUUAUAAUGAAGUACCAAUACCAUCUCAUCGCAAAAUACAGCAGUGUUUAAUCGAUAUAGGCGAUAAAUCUUUCACCUUUCUUGGCAGUAAACAAUGGAUUGGUUCAACCGAAGUGAGUUUUGUGCUGCAAACUCUCCUCAAUAUAGAUACUAAAAUACUUCGUGCGUCAAGUGGCGAAGAGAUGUUGGCCUUAAUCCCACAACUUGCAAAUCAUUUUGAUACACAGGGUACACCUAUCAUGAUUGGUGGAGGAGUAUUAGCUCAUACAAUUUUAGGAGUUAGUUACGAUGAAUAUUCUGGAGAAGGAAAGUUCUUAAUUCUAGAUCCACACUACACAGGUGCGGAUCACUUGCCUACUGUAAUAAAUAAGGGGUGGUGUGGCUGGAAGACAAAAGAUUUUUGGAAAAAGGACGCAUUUUACAAUAUGUGCCUUCCACAAAGACCUAUAGCCUUCUGAUAUUAAACAGUACAUUGUACAGAAUUUAAUUUUCUAAAUAUAAUCAAAAUAAAAUUAUCAUGUAUUCACAUUAUAUAAGCACAUUAUAUUAUGUAUAGAGUAAUUUUUGCAAUAUAUUACAUCACUGCAACAUUUCUAA